GCUAUGAAUAUCAAGUUCAUUAUGAUAGCUUCGCUUCUACUUAUACUCAUUGCAUCAUCCAAUUCCUCCAUCAUACCAACUUCCAAAAACCGGAAAAUUAUCGAUGAAGAAGUGGAGGGUGGUGAAAAGAUUCACAUUCACAAGAUAAAGAAGAUCACCGUAAGAGCCAGCCGUUCACCUCCUGCAAAAGGCGUUAAAAGUUACCCAACAAAGUCUAAGCUUCAAUAGUAGAGCAUUUUUUUUGCUUUAUAUAUAAUAUCUCACUUAUUAAUGUAUGGGCUUUAGGCCCAAUUAUACGGCAUGCUUUAUGGCCCGGUAUACUGUAUA